AUGGAGAACGUUUUUUGGAAAAUUACAGUGCUGUACCUAGUUGUCACCCCUGUAUUAGGAGCUAACAAAAGUAGAUCCAGUGAGGGUGGAGGUGGUCAUACUUCUGAAGCGCCUACCAGUCUACAGAUAGUCACGUUUAAAUGGCAUCAUGUGCAGGACCCAUAUACCAUUGCAGUCUGGAUUCUCGUGGCAAGUUUGGCUAAGAUUGGUUUUCACAUAUCGCAUAAAGUGACUUCUGUAGUUCCAGAGAGCUGUCUUUUGAUUGUACUUGGCCUGCUCCUUGGUGGAAUAGUAUGGGCUGCAGAUCACAUCGCUUCCUUUACACUAACGCCAACAGUAUUCUUCUUUUACCUACUGCCACCUAUUGUACUAGAUGCUGGAUACUUUAUGCCAAACAGACUAUUCUUUGGAAAUCUUGGAACUAUCCUUCUUUAUGCUGUAAUUGGAACAGUCUGGAAUGCUGCUACAACUGGACUAUCACUGUAUGGUGUUUACCUAACAGGAAUAAUGGGUAAUUUACAGAUUGGUGUUUUGGAGUUCCUCCUCUUUGGAAGCCUUAUUGCUGCAGUGGACCCAGUCGCUGUUAUAGCUGUAUUUGAGGAAGUUCAUGUAAAUGAUGUCUUAUUUAUCAUUGUCUUUGGAGAAUCUCUUCUGAAUGAUGCAGUCACAGUGGUAUUAUACAACGUUUUUGAUUCCUUUGUUGCUAUUGGAGGUGAAAAUGUGACAGGUGUGGAUUGCGUCAAAGGCGUUGUAUCUUUUUUUGUCGUAAGCAUCGGGGGAACAUUAGUUGGAAUCAUUUUUGCAUACAUUUUGAGCUUGGUUACUCGAUUUACCAAACAUGUGAGGAUCAUUGAACCUGGAUUUGUUUUCGUAAUUUCAUAUUUGUCUUAUCUCACGGCAGAGAUGCUUUCCCUUUCCGCAAUCCUAGCGAUUACAUUUUGUGGAAUUUUUUGCCAAAAAUAUGUAAAAGCCAAUAUUUCUGAACAAUCUGCUACAACUGUAAGAUAUACGAUGAAGAUGGUGGCAAGUGGAGCUGAAACUAUUAUCUUCAUGUUUCUGGGAAUCUCUGCCGUUGAUCCAAACAUUUGGGUGUGGAAUACAGCUUUUAUACUUUUGACAUUGCUUUUUAUAUCUGUGUAUAGAGUAAUAGGUGUUGUUGUUCAAACAUGGAUCUUAAAUCGGUAUAGAAUGGUGCAACUGGAAAUAAUAGAUCAAGUUGUGAUGUCAUAUGGUGGCCUGAGGGGAGCUGUUGCCUUUGCUUUAGUCGCUUUAUUAGAUGGAGAACGGGUGAAAGAAAAAAGAUUGUUUGUUAGCACAACAAUAAUUGUUGUUUAUUUUACAGUCAUCUUUCAGGGGCUUACUAUUAAACCUUUAGUGCAAUGGUUAAAAGUGAAGAAAAGUGAACAUCGGGAAAAAAAACUCAAUGAAAAGCUUCAUGGCCGAGCAUUUGAUCACAUUUGCUCUGCAAUUGAAGAUGUCUCUGGACAAAUUGGGCACAACUACAUGAGAGAAAAGUUUGCAAAAUUUGAUUCAAAAUAUCUCAGCAAACUUUUCAUGAGAAAAUCAGCCCAAAAAACACAAGAUCGAAUUCUCAGUGUUUUCCAUGACCUAAAUGUGAAGGAUGCUAUAAGUUAUGUUGCAGAGGGAGAACGCAGAGGAUCUUUGGCAUUUAUUCGUUCACCAAGCAUGGAAAAUAUGGCUAAUGUUGAUUUUAGCAGUCCUCGUCCUUCUGUUUCAGAGCCAUCCGUGUCCUAUUUUUUAAGAGAAAAUGCCAGUGUAGUCUGCUUAGAUAUGCAAGCACUGGAGCAGCGGAGAAAAAGUGUGAGAGACUUGGAAGACAUGUUAAGUCACCACACUCUGCAACAAUACUUGUACAAACCAAGAAGACAGCAAAAACACCUUUAUAGUCGACAUGAAGUUACAAUAGAUGAAGAUGAAACACAAACUAAGGAGAUAUUUCAAAGAACAAUGAAGAAGCGCUUGGAGUCUUUCAAGUCAACAAAAUUUGGUCGCAAGCAAGCAAAACAUAUAAACAAAAAUUAUAAAAGGGAUCGAGGACAAAGAAGAAAUAGCAGUAUGUAUAUGUUGCAGAAUGGGAGCAUUUCGAAUGAAAGCAAAGUACAUGAAAUGAACCUAAAUCCAGAAGAAACUAUGGAAUAUGACACUCAGGUUGAUGGCAGCAUUACCUUUUUAACAUCCUUGACAGAGACUAAAGGGAAUGUGGAUCCAGCAGCUGGAUUUGAUAAUCCAGUUUUUUCAUCUGAUGAGGAGCAAAAUAUCCCUAUGAAGUUUGCGCCAUGGUUGUACAAUGAAGAUGCAGUAGUUCCAUCUCAAAGAGCACAAGUCCAGAUACCAUAUUCUCCAAACAACAUCAGAAGGCUCACUCCAUUACGUAGCAGCAACAGAUCAGUUGAUUCCUUUUUGAUAGCAGAUGGCGCAGAGGAGCAGCCCAGGUCAUUUCUUCCAGAGACAAACAUGUAAUAUUUGAGAUUAAAUCUUUUGUUUAAAACAUAUUGUUAGAGUGGAAUUUCAAGCUUUAGCUUCUUACA